AUGGAUGAUUGCAAGGCAGUCGCAAGUCCAGUCGACAUGAGCUCUCGACUUGUUUCAAGUGAUGCAACUACCAAGGUCGAUGCUCCUUUUCGCGAAGCUGUUGGUGCGUUGAUGCACCUGACCACUGCAACGCGUCCGGACAUUGCGUUUGGUGUGGGCUAUGUGUCGCGGUUCAUGGAAAAUCCCCAAGAAGAACACUGGGUUGCAGUUAAGCGUAUCUUUCGCUACCUACAAGGCACCAAGACGCAUGGAAUUUGCUACAAGCCAAGUGCAAGGAUCGACUUCCGUAGAUAUUCGGAUGCGGAUUGGGCUGGUGAUCUUACCGACCGCAAGUCAACAUCGGGGUACACGUUCAUGCUACUCGGUGCGCCAGUGAGUUGGGGCAGCAAGAAGCAGCCAAGUGUUUCGUUGUCCACGACUGAAGCUGAAUACAUUGCACUUAGCUUGGCGAUUCAAGAGGGAAAGUAG